UUAACCUCUUCACGCUGGCCGAAUGCAAAUGUGCGGCCUCCUGGGGUCUGGGCCUAGACGCCGAGCGGCCGCACAUUUGCGUUCUAUUAAAAAAGGACAUACGUGCCGAGAGUGCGCGCCCUGCCCGCUCCCGGCACACAUGUGCGGUGCUCACGGAAAGGUCCCGGUCCGCUCUUUCGAUCGGGACCUUUCCCGAUCAUGUGAUCGGCCCGUGACGUCACGGCGGCCACAUGACACUAAGCCCCGCCCCGUCCACCUCCCGGCGCAGGAACUACUCUUCAUGCCGGAACGAUCCGGCGUGAAGGGGUUA